GUCUUAAUUUAAUAUUUUAGUUAUUCUUGAAUAAAUUUUUGAAUUCAAUCAUCCACAGUUUUUGACAUCAUAAAAAAAUUAUCCUUUCAUCUUUUAUGCGCCGACGUGGGAAAAAAUAGACGCGUAUAAUCUUGCUUUUGCCUGUUGAAACUUGUCAGUUACGUUGUUAUUGUUGUUAUUAUUAUUAUUGUCAGUGUCAUUUCUAUAUAUGUAUAUACUUUUCAUUGACUAAGUCAAAAAUUUGAACCUCUCUACUCUAAAUCGAGCAGUACACGUGUCUGAAUCAUAUUUUUUGUUUAUUAUACAAAAAUUAAAUUUCAAAAACCUUAACAAGAAACCAACAUCGAAUUUAAAGAAAUAAAGAAAUGGCAGCAGAAUCACCCGCUUUAUCUUACCAACAAGUCCGUGAAAAAAUAAUGCAAGGAGAGAUGGAAGUUAACGCAAAAUAUCCAGGGGCUUCAACCGAUCCAUCAGUAUUACAAUUAGCCGUCCAAGAACAAGACUUUGAAUUUAUUGACUAUCUUCUUCAAAAUAACGUCGACGUCAAUGUCGCCACAGAGUCCUGUGAGCCAGCAUUAAAUCUCGCAAUCCGUGCAAACAAUCCCGAGUUAGUUAAAAAACUAAUCAAUUCAGUCACUGAUUUAAAUUCUGCAUCAUAUAAUUACAAAGAAGACUACGAUAAUUGGCCGCAAUUUUACAUUUUUGGUAAAAAAUUCUAUGAAAUGCAAAACAGGUUACCUCUGGCUUUCGGUCAGCCAGCUGUCAAAAAGUCAACACCCUCAGGAACAGUCCUUGACUUGGCAAUAACUGUCGGCAGUAUUGAAAUAGUUGACAUCUUAUUGAACGCAGGAGCUAAAAUAAAUCCAUCAACCAGCGGUAUUAAGCCACUGAACUGGGCAAUUGCUCAAAAUAAGUAUGAGAUUGUUGAACAUCUGAUAAAACAUGGAGCAGACAUCAACGAUAUUUCUGAUAAUAGAACACCAUUACAAAUUGCCGUUGAAAAAGAAAAUAAGAAAAUAGUUGAAUUACUUAUUGAGAAGAAAGCUGAUAUUAAUAUAUGUCCGCCAAAUGGUCAACCAGCUAUUAAUAUUGCAAUAGAGAAUAAUUAUUUGGAGUUGGUAUACAUAUUGCUGAAUGCUGGCGCUGCGGUAAAUCCUGACAUACAAAUAUGCCCACCAUUAUUUCAAGCUGUUUCUGCAAACAAUUAUGAACUCGUUGAGCAUUUGAUUAAUCUUGGAGCUGAUAUUAAUAUUGUUUACAGAGGAAAAACAGCAAUACAGAUAGCUGUUUUACGAGACGACAAAAAAAUGUUGGAGUUGUUGAUUAAAAAUAAAGCUGACAUGACGAUAAGUACAGAUAUGGGAACUCCUCUACAUACAGCUGUCUAUGAAGGUAAUUUAGAAUGUAUUAAAAUUUUGUUGAAAGCUGGUGCUGAUCUUUAUGCACCUUCUAAUGUAGGUACAUUGUCACAAUUUUCACGUACUCAUCGUAAAGAAUUUAUCUUUGAUUUCCUGCUGGACAUUGGUAUCAAUUUUAUUGAUGAAAGUUAUCUGACGCUAAUCAAUGCUGGCUUUGGUAGUCAAAAUAAUGCUCUCAAGAUGAAGAUUAAAAAUUAUAUUGUCAAGUUGAAGGCUGGUGAUUUUUAUGUCAAGCCGAAAAAUUUGCAGUUCGUCGAAGAUGAAGAGUUCAAUGAUUUUUAUAACGAAUGUCGCAAAGAAAUUGAACUGAUGAAAGAUAGUAAAAUUGAAGGAACCAGCUGUAGUUACUACGAUGUACUGCACAAAAGUAAACAAGAAUUGGCUGCUGAUUUGAAAACUGUUGGUGACGAUGUUGGUGUUUUGAAUGAAGAACAAUUAAGGUCCAAGUUUCCGUUGUAUGGAGGAAUGGUUUGCUAUCGACUGGAAUAUGAGCAGGGAAAAAAAUUGGGUGUAAUUGCUGAUGACCAGUAAAAUUUAUGGUUCAAUUUUAUUUUUAUACCAGACAAUCAUCAAUAUUUUUGUAAUUAAAUAAGAUAGUUCUUUGUGCUGAUCAAGAUUUCUACCUCAGUAAACGAAUAAUUAAUUAUUAUACAGAACUUAAAAAUGUAUACUACUAUUAAUAUGCAAUUAGUCAUAAGAUCUAUUACGCGAGUAAUGAUGUAAAUAAUGAUUGUUAUAAUUUAUAAAUAAACGUCUAAAGAUAAUAGACAAUUUAAAUAAAAUGGCAUUUUUAAUUCGACUUUAAAGUUUUAAAUAACAUAUUGAUAGGGUUAAUUUUUUAAAGUAGAAGGAAGCACCGUGCAGUAAAUAAAUUAUCUUGCGUUAAUAAAUAAUUGAAUAAAUAAAUAAAAAUGAUGAAGUCAUUGCUGUCAUUCAUACCGUCUCAUUCAGACAAAAAGACCGCGUCUAAAAAAUCUAAUGAUAGAGUUAACGAAAAUCUUUUAUUUGUUUUGGUUUCGCUGGUCGGCUUGUGCCUUUUACGCGUUGAUUUUAUUGUUAUACUCAUUAUUGUGAUUCUUAUGUACAUGUUGUAUAUAAAUAGCGUCAGUUUAGCGACCUCAUUACUCAUGAAUUCGUCACUUUCAUGCUUACUUGAUAGCGAUGAUGAUAAUAAUGAUGAUGAUGAUAAUUUGGAUACUGAUACUGAAGAUGAUAAAAUUACUACAAAUGAAAUUGAAGAAGUUGCUAGAAAGAAAAAAAAAUUAACAAAGCUCGAUAACUAAUUCGUUUUAAAAUUUCCACUUUAUAUUAGUUGAGAAAAACUCCAUAAAUUUAUUUCGAAUUAUUAAUUUCUUUCAAAAGUUAAUGCUUAUAUUAGUUAAGAAGAAAAAAAAUCGAUUUAAACUCGAAAAAAAUUUAAUGCAAUAAACUCAUUCAAAUUUCUUUGCUUUUAAUAAAGAAAAU